AUGCCACUCGCCUUGGUCGUACGUGAAAAUAAGCAGCUUGCUAUUGAAGAGCUCGAACUACCCAAAUAUGGACCACAAGAUCUUCUGAUCAAAGUGACUCAUGUUGCACAAAAUCCGACUGAUUGGAAACAUGUUCAUUUUGGCUUUGCAAAACCUGGUUCGAUUGUCGGUUGUGAUUUUGCUGGCGAAGUCGUUGAAGUUGGCAAAGAAGCAACAGGAAGCUAUAAAAAAGGUGAACAUGUAGCCGGCUGUGUUCAUGGUGGUCUAGAUGCCGCAUUGGGCAUUCGUGGAGCUUUUUCAGAAUAUGUUGUUCAAGAUGCAUCACUGGUUUUUCGUUAUCCUUUUACCCUGUCUCCAGAAUCAGCUGCUACAGUUCCACUGGCCAGUAUCACGGCAGCUCUUGGUCUCUUUCAUGAGAUGGGUUUACCUUUUCCUCCUGCUACUUGUAGCAAAGCCAUUCUCGUUUGGGGAGGUAGCACCAGUGUUGGCCAAUAUGCUAUUCAAUUAGCCAAAGCAGCUGGCUGCUUUGUUAUCACAACUGCAUCGCCUGCUCGUCAUGCUUAUUUGAAGGAACUUGGCGCUGAUAUCUGUUUCGAUUACAAGAAUUCGAAUGUGGUCUCACAAAUCAAAGAAGUAGCUCCAAAUAAUUUGGCUUAUGCUAUUGAUUGUGUUUCGGAGAAUGGAUCAACUGCACAGGUGUGCGCAACACUCACUGGUCUGAAUCCGCAAGUAGUCACCGUUCUACCAGGAGUAUCAAAAGAAGUUCCACCUCAUAUUAAAGAACGCAGUGUCAUGAUGUAUACGAUUUUCGGGCGUCGAAUGCACGUCUUCGGUCAAGAUUAUGAAGCCAAACCUGCAGAUAAAUCAUUUGCCGAGAAAUUCUACUUGCAACUUUCCAAUAUCUUAUUACCUCAGGGUCUUGUUAAGCCGAAUAAAGUGACCAAAAUCUCGGGCGGACUCAAUGGAGUCGCAGAAGGAUUUCAAAGAAUGAUGGAGAACAAAGUAGCUGCUGAAAAACUCGUCUACACUAUGGCUGAGACGAGCAAGCCAUAG